UUUAACCCAGACAGGAGAUUCUCAAUUAGAUAACAGUGUCCUUCCCUGCCUGCUCCCUAUGUAUAUGGCACUGCUCUUCUGUAGAGCUGCCCUAUUCCUCUUGUGGCUGCGUUAAACACUAAGCAGAGGCCUUCCCACUGCUAGCAGCUAUCUGCUUAGUUGUGGUCUUCUCUUGUGACAUCAGUAUCAGGUGUUCAAAUGUUCCCAGAGUGCCCUGCUGAUCUCUUUAAAUGUGUAGGCAUUUUAAAAGGCUGGCAAAAAAUAUGUAGUGUUUUUGCCUUUUUUUUUUACAGAAAUGGAAACCUUGCCUACUGGGUCACUUUAGCCAGAGUUGUCUGGAGGAAAAAUGCUGGAAAUUCCCAUACUAAAAUAAGACUUUCAUUGCUCCAGAGAGCAAACUACAAAAAACGUUUAAACAUUGUCAUAGCUUUUGCUGUAUCUUCUUCAUAAAAAAACAGGAAAUCUCUAGGCAGAAAAAUAUUUCAAAAUCAGAAUGAAUGUAACAUUCUUAAUCUGGAGACCAAAAUAAAAUUCCAACUGAUUCUAAUGAGUCUAGGAUUUCAUUUGCAUCCAACAGCUUAUUUCUUCAGACCAAUAAACUGUUGCAAAAACAUAGUUUAGUGUUCCUAUUAUGAAAAUAUUGAGUAGGAUUGUCACACCUAGAGUAGCAAUUUUCUAACUCCAGAUACUUAUUUUGAAUGUAUUGAAAUAUAGGACUUGUGUAAUAAUAUAUCUUCUUAGGCAAAAUUGAUUUUUCACACAAAAAUAUAAGUCCAUCUCCUUAGUGACAAGAUAAUUUUUUGUCCCCAUGGGGUUUUUUUAUUUAUCUCGUGAGUUUCAAGGGAAUACGCAUAUGUUUUAAGUCAAAUAUGCAAUUAAUUAAGUCCUUGUGUAAACAGAAUUAUUGAGGAACCACUCUCACUUGUAUGUCUUUGGGGCCUUAAAAAAUGGAAACUGUGUUCAUGAAAUGUUACUGUACUUGCUGAUUUUAUCAGUUAUGUUUAAAGCAAAAUAGAAAGCUUUCUGUUCUUUGAAUCAGAUACAUAUAGUUGGAAUAAAUUCAUUAUUUCUGUUCAAGUGGAGGUUCAAGUUCUGAACAGGGGUAGACUUCUUAUAUGAGGAAACCAAGAGGAGUAUAUGUUAUAUAUAGGAGGAGUUCACAUGGAAAUUUUAGAGGCAGGUGUAGUAGAAAAUCUUGAAGAAAGGGGUUAGGAAUCAGUAAUUUCAUGAGGAAAUGGUCUCCACAGAAUUAGUUUCUAGUAUAUGCACAGAAAAUUGGCUGAGUUUCUGGGGAGCAUCUGGAGGUAGAAGUCUCAGGAGAGCAUAGUGGGGUGCUACCAGUAGUCAUUAUAAACUACCUCGUUUGUUCCAUAGCUCCUUCUCCAAGACAGGAGAGGAAAAGUUAUCUUCUGUAAUGUGUAUUUACAUUUGGGUUUUUUUCUAUAUGGAAUAUGAUUUGCCUGUGGAGAUAGCAGUUCAAACAAACUGCAGUUCAAGCACCAACACUGCACAGCUGCUAAUGAGAAGGUACAUAACUGUUUCUGCAAUAUAUAAACAGGCUUAUCAGACUUAGUCACUAGCUGACAAGCUUUUUUUCUCAGAGGCUGGGAGGUGAAAGAAAAAAAAAUGUUUGGGAUGUCUCUUGUAUCCUAAACUAUUCUAAUUGGAUUUGCCUAGUGGCCUGCAGGGAAAUUCAUGUCUUCCCUUGUGGAAAUAUAAUAGAAUGGAAAAGUUUCUUUUCCUAGCUUUGCUUGGGAGAGAAAGACAAAAAUUAAAAUAGUAGGAAAGCUAAAAUAUAGUAACGUAUUCAAAGUUGGUUACAGUUGUAACACAGCAAUUGACUCAGUCAUCACUAAUUUUGGGGUUUCUAUAAGUAAUAAGCCAGUACACAUUAUCUCACAAAUUACCAAGUAAUGUUAUAUAUGCAGGAUAUUCAUAGCAUUGAUGACUCCUACUACCUGGAUGUUAGAGUAGAUGUUGAAAUAUUUAUGAAAAAGGGCUUUAAGCUAAAUAUAUGGGUCUUACAAAUGUUAUAUAUAUUCUGCAUAAACCCUUACGUUUGGGUGUUGUGAAGAGUGUGUUAGCUUUCUGGUUGGUCUGAACAAUCUUUAUUCUAGGACAUUACCACUAGGGCUUACUAUUUUUCUUCUUUGUGUAGCUGCACCAACUGUUUGUUUCAACACACUGUGCUUUCUGCAUUACUGUGCCAGCUUCCACCUUAUUUUAAGUCUCUAUAGCAACAUGUUUCUCAGCAACUGGGAGAUGCUUAGUAAAGGCCCCUCAAUUUAGAAAUAUUGCACUCCAACCUUAGAAAAAUGCUUUGAAACAAAGAUCAAAGAAGUUUUAUCUUUAAUAAUUCAGGAUAUUUAUUACUAUUUAAUUAGUGUUCUCUGUUUUGACUGCUUAGACAAUUACCUGAUACUUUGAUCUGGGCCUUUGCCAGGCAUUUGUUGUGAGCAGCAUUAAUUUAAAAGCAAAACCUUUAGAACUACAUCUUGAAAUCAACUUUUAAGUGCUAUAAAACUACUGGACUCCUCUGGCAGUGUCGUCUGACUUUUGGGCCUUUAGUAAGUAAUGAGAGAAAGGUAAGAGCAGCUACUAUAUUUAAGAGGAGACAAUAAUUUUGGCCUUUGAACAAAACAUAGAAUGUGUUCACCCUUCACAGGAAACAAAAGUAGCUGUAGGUUAUUUUAUGCAUAUUUAAAAUGUUGAUGAUAUGUUGCCUGAUUUCAAAAGAAAAAAAUUCUCUGUGAUCAAGUCAAUUGAUCUGUUGGGAGAUUUCUGCCUUACUUCAUGUGGCUUGUCUUUCUCUGUACUGUAACUUAAUCAUGUAGCAUGUUUAAAAGUGCAUUUUAUUUGCUGAAGUACAUGUUCUGAGAACCUAUAAGGCAAGUAAAGUAGAUAUAAGUAAUCAAACAUUGCUUUUCUUUCACAUUACAAUAGGUUUCGAGAAAAGGGCUGCUCUUGUUCUGCACGUAAGAGUAUUCUUAUUAAUGGAACCAAGAUUUAUAAUUGUAAAAAUUUAUUUCCUGCACAUUUGUACAUAAUUUUAAUUUUCUCAUUUGUUUGUUUUCUGUUUUUUUCAUUGUUAAAGGGCACAAGUAGCUGAAAUAUAACACACUGACUGAAAUGGUGUAUGAAUGAGCAAAGUUAGUUCAGAUUUGGUGGCUGGCAGAUACUGCUUCUACUUUCAUAUUAUGUUCAUUGUAAGGUAGAUGUGCUAAUACUGAAGUAGAUUCUGUUCAUCUCACCCAGGCAUUUCUAACUGCAGUAAAGAUCUGGACUGUCCACAGAGUUUUGUAUAUAAAAAUGUAGACUGUACAUACAUUAAUAAUGCCUUUUGUAAGGUUUUGGAGGGAGGAUUCAUAGGUAUGAUGUUGUAUAAUGGUGGGCAGUUUGGUAAAACACAUAAACACAUGCUUAACUUCGAGACCAUAAAUACCCUAAUAGAAGGCUAUAGGAUCUUUCCAUAUGGGUCAUUUAAAUGUUGGACACUGCACUGUACUGAAUAGAGAUCUUGUCAUUUUACAGUAUCAGGUGCUCAUAGAUUAUGCAUGCUGCAUAAUUCAGUAAGGAUCUGCUUUUAUUUGAGUAAGCAAAUUCUAAUGAGUUCUGUAUAUUUUUACAUUCAUUCCAUCCUCUUUCUUUAUUUUAUGUACCCUUGGUGCAGAGAAAAACAGGAGGAAAACAUGAGGCAAGCUGUGUGUUUAAUGCCUAAUGCCAUCUGUUCAUUUCAAAUGGAUCCAGACUUGCAGGAGGCUUUCAAUGAUGUUCAGAGCUCCGUCUACAGAACAGCCUUAAAACUACGCUCAGUACAAAGUCUGUGCCAAUUGGAUUUGAUUGAUGUUUCUCUGAUUCAGCACAUCCUAUCAAGUGAAUGGAGCCAGAGGGGAGAGCAGAUUUCUCUGAAUAUGCAGCAAAUCUCUAGAAUGUUGACAGAACUGUUCCAAAGGGCAAGAUUAGAAAAACCAGGCCAGGUAGAUCUGAGAGCCGCUGAAUUCACGUUGAGUCUGCUCUUUGCCAUGUAUGACAGAUCUGGAACAGGGUAUGUCAAAAUUAGAUCUGCUGCAGCUGCCCUAAUUGCCCUUUCAGGAGACACUCUACUGGCUAAAUACAGAGCUUUCUUCCAGUUUUAUGCUGUCCCUGAUGGGAAGGUGGCCUUGAUUACCCGUAGUGCCCUGAGAAGCCUACUAACAGACUUAAAUCAGAUCCCAGCCAUUGUGGGAGAAAGCUGCACUCUGUCUUGUGUGGAAAGUGCGACUCAUGACUGUUUCCAUGGGGUUCUGAAUUCAGCUAUUGUUGAAGAAAAAUUCCUGUCUUGGCUGAGAUCGGAGCCUGCUGUUCUCCUGUGGCUCCCUACAUGUUACAGAUUAUCAGCCACGGAAAUGGUUUUUCACCAAGCUAGAUGUAGAGUCUGCAAAGUUUUCCCCAUUACUGGCCUCAGGUAUCGCUGUUUGAAGUGCCUCAAUUUUGACCUUUGCCAAGCGUGCUUUUUCACUGGCCGUCUCUGCAAACCACACAAGAGGUCACAUCCUGUUGUGGAACACUGUGUGCAGAUGUCAGCAAAGGCCAGUGCAAAGCACUUCCUCCGCACCAUCAGGAACAACCUGUUUCAAGAGCGCUGCAGAAGAAAGGAGACUCAGAGAAGGACUCUGGAGACAGUGGAGGAGAGGCACUUCCCUACUCACAAAAAGACUCUUCCUCCUGCAGAACUCAGUGCUUCACCACUCCCUGGCCCUGAAAACCUGUCUUUCCCAGGGGAUAGUUGUGUCCCAGAGUCACCCGAGUUCAUAGCUGAAAACAGGACUGUAAUGCAGAAGAGUGAGAAUAACAGAAAGACCAGAAAGACACUAGAGCAAGGCAAGACAAUAGCUCAGGCAAUAGCCUCUUUUGAAGCAGAUGUGUUAAAAAUGCACGAAUCUAUCAAAAGCGUUCACAGUGACAGCAGGUACAUGAAGAAGCAGUUCAACAAAUGGAAGGACAAAAUACAAUUUCUUCACAACUGCCAGGAAGAAAAAAGCUGCAAAAUAGAGGCGAAACUCCAAAGACUGAGAGUAAGCCAUAAAAACCUACAAAUGACACUGCAGCAAAUGGAGCAAGAAGUAAAGACAAUGUUACAGUCAUCAGAACGUCCUUUUGCACAGUAUCAGAAUACAAUGCCAAGAAAUCCCCCUGUUCUGCUGGAAAGGAAAAUGCAGGGUGGAUUAAAUCCUGCCCAAAUAAGGCCUACUUGCAGAACAUGUGCAGACUGGAAAUCUUUGAGUCCCCCCAACCCUGCAAAUAGAAUGCAGCUUUUACAGACACCUGAGGUUCCCACUGCAGUGGACUUUAUGUUUUCAGAUGACCCACUGGAGUCAGUGUCCCUGCAGAGUGACAGACCUUUUAUGGGACAGUAUAAAAAAGCAAAUGAGAAUCAAACAUAUCUGCCUAAAUUGACAGAAAACUCUCUCAGUGGCAUCAUGAGGAAUACAGUUCUUACUCCCCCUGCAGUGCAACUACUACCUGAUGAGAAGGAAGUCAGAGAGGAAAUGGAACUGCAGCAGCUAGUGAUGAAACUGAAGGAUGGAUUGUCUCUCCAAACCCAACCAGCCCAACAGACUACUUUGCAGCAGGAGUUGUUCUCUACAGCUGAGCAUGUUUGCAGGUCCUUUUCUGACCUCAUCAACCAAGUAAUUUCACCAGCUUGUGAAUGAUGGAAACCACCACUCACCUUACAGCUUCACUGAACUACUUAAGCAUUUGAUGACCCUACACUGCUCAAAACAAUCCUCUGGAUCUAUUCUCUGUUGAAAAUCACUGGAUGUGAUGCAACACUUAUUCGGUUCUAACUGGUGGAGGGAUGUAGUUACUUAAACACCCAGUUCUUCAGUGCUGUACACUAUUGCUGAUGACCUGAAACAUCUCCAUGGAGCUGGCAGACAAGACCUGGGACAGGCAGUCCAGUGUAUUUCUGUGCCAGGAGCUGGAGCCCUGUGCAUGCUCUGGCAUGUCUCUGGCCUGUGCCUGAGAAGUGGACUUGAGUCUGUGAUGACUUAGGCAAGCUUUGGUGCUCUGCUUCUGCUGUUUUUCUCUGUGGGGGUAUACUUCUGAGCUCUGUUGGAUUUCAUGGUGUUUGAGAAGUGUUGGUGAAAACAGUCCUCUGAAAGUCUGUAGUUCAAACUUCUGCUUGCAGCAGGUCUAUUACUAACACUGGAUCAAGUCAGCUGUGGCUGGACUCCUGGUGUAAUUUUUUUCCUCUUCUAUUUAGCUUGAGUUUCCUAAUUUGUGGCUAUUCCCCCCUGUAUGACUCUAUCAAGAAGAGUUUCACUCUUAUCUUUACAGUUAUUUGAAGGGAAGGUGUAGGCACUCUCUAGAUCAUCCCUUUGCCACCUUUUUACCAGGCCCAAUAAGCCAAGUUACCUCAGCCUGUCUUCAUGGGGUAGCAGGAGACCAUCUUGGUUGCCAUAUGUUGCUUUGGCUCUGUGAGAACAUGUAACACCACUAUUUUCAAAGGGCUUCAGUAUCUCACCCCACAGAGCUUGAUAGUGCCUCUGACUUGUCACCUUCUUUGACUAAACCUUAGCCAGUUAUAAGUUGCAAUAUUCAGGUAUUUCUUUCCUGAUGCAUGCUACAUCUGCUAUUCUCCUUGCCUGUAGCUUUAAAAGGCAAUGUUUCCCUUACUGUUAAGUCCUACCUUUAAACCUUUCUACAAUGCAAGGCUAAUCUUUUGGUUAAUUUCUAGACCAUUUGAAUGCAUAGAUUUUUGUGACACUUAGAAUGCAAUUUGAGUCUGGAGCAAGUGUUUGUGGUAUUUGUCUGGAAUACCAUUGGGUUUUCCCACUUGCUACUGAUGAUUACUUGUGUAUUCAGAGAAAUGUGUGUGCAGAUCUUCACUAUGAGCUGGUGAUGCAGUUAGUAUUUUAUAUAAGAAAACCAUGCCAAAGCCCAUCUAGUUUUUAUAGGAUUUAUAGUUCUUAAUAUCUUCUUGAUAAAGAUGAUGUUAGGUGAAUAUUUGUGUGGCAUGCAAGCCAUAUGUGUUUUGUUUUCUUCCCUGCUUGCCAUCAAAUGGGUCAUAUUCCUUUUCUGGUUUCCCUACUGUGUGGCAGAUCCCCAGAUCUUAGCACUUAGAGGUUUACCUCUUAUUGCUAGAUCUUCUCAUCCUGUUUCAGCAUUGUGUAGGGACUUCAUUUAUUACGGCCUUUCGCAUCACUUGUGUAUUUUGUCCUUAGUGUAAAUGGGUCCAGUGUGCAUUCUCUUACACCUACAGAUUUCUGCUUCCACUAGUUUUGAGGAACUGCAGCUCCUUAUUAGAAGAGAUCUAUCCUACCUUAAUAAUGUGUUUCUCUCUCCCUGUCUACUGGCUGUUGUAUGUGAGCAAUUCUGUCACUAGGAUCAUAUUUGGAGUGUUUCCCCAAGAGUAAACUUAGGUGACAUUUGUCAGAAGUUUGAAGUGGCUUCAUCAUUGACAUUUAAAUGAAUUUGUGAAACAAGUAACACUUCUUGUGGCAAAUGUAUUUACCAAAAGCUUUGAAGAGGCAUGUGGAACAGGUAUUUUUGCAAGUGCAAGCUAAGCACUGUUGGUUAGAAAACUAAUAUAUGUUUUUGGAAAUGUAAUUUGGUGAGAUGUGACACUGUAAAUCCAAAUGACCUUUGUAAACAAUGUGACCAUAUUUCUAUCUAGACUAAAACAUGCCAAGAAAAUAAUAAAAAAACCCUAAACUGGUUAAUAUAGUACAUUAAAAGUUAACUGUUCGUGUCCUGUGGACAGGUUAUCUCACAUUAGCCAUUCAGUUAAAGAGCUUUUGAUUAAUUUUAAUGGCAUCCUGGAUAUUUAUAUCUACACAACUAUUACUUUUUGAAAUAAGGGGUUCAUUGCCACUUGGGUGCUGGACUGAUAUCUCUGUGUUCCAGUCACUGGUUCUUCCUGAUUCAGCCCUCCUCCUUCCUCACAUACUCACAGACAAUGAAGAAACCCUUCUUACCUUCAGGCACUCCAGGCAGAAGGGAGAGUCACUCUGGGUAUGUCACAGUUAAGAGUGGUUCAGUGAGACAUGUUUUCAUAAAACUGCCACUAACAUCUAAGAAAGCACAGCUAUUAUGGGAUCAGUUUCUCCCAGGGUGUUACAGCCAAAUCCUCUGGGGAAGGAAAAACACUUUCAGUGUGCUCUUUCCUGAAGGUGAGUAGGAUUGCAAUGUGAUGUCUCCUACAUUUUAUUGCUCUAAGGGUGUUUCUUUCCUGCCAUGCCAGGGGGCCAGCCAGGGAAGUGUGCCAGCCCUGCCACUGUCACAGUCACCCUGCAGCACAGACACUCCCCUGGCAGCCAGGACCCAAUGCUGGGAACCUGCACAUUCAGAUCCAAAGCCGUUUGGGGAAAAUAGUCUGCAAGAAGAAAUUGUAGUGAGGACAGCAAAUUGUUUAGGGUCAAAAAGUAGGUCACAGGAGAUUCUGGAGAGUAAUGAGAAUAUUCUGUCUCCUGUGAAAGGGACGGACUUGGGCGUUCUGGCUUUUGUUGGUUCCCUGCUCAUUCUCAGAUAGACCAGCAAACAAUGUGCUUUACUCUAUGUUCUGCUACUAGCUCUGGCCUAGGGUUCCUUGGCACUUGUAAAGUACUUGUAUCUCUAAACCACACUAAUGCUACUGGUGUUGUCAGAGGAAAUUUUUUUUUUCUGUGCAAGAUCUAUCAUGCAUUAUUUAUUGGCAGGGAAAUCAGUCUUCUUGAAUGGUUUUUCAGAGUGAAGUAGUACAAGCUCUGCCAUUUAGUAUACUUAGAUGACACAAAAUCCAUAUGUUUUCAGUAGGGAACAGUGUUGAUAUAGGCAGAUAGAGCACUGUUGGGUUUUUUUAAUUUAAAAAAUCCAUAACCCUUCAUUUUUAUUUAUUUUUUAAUAACUCAGACCACUCAGCCUUUGAAACUCCCCUUUUUAUUUCACAAAUGUACCCUUUGAAACCUAUUCUCAAAAGGGAUGCUACAAAAGUGAUACUAGAGUGGAAAUUCUAUGUAGCAAGUUUAUCUUUAAAUUGGAGCUUCUAGAAAGACUGUAGUUUGAUUUAACUAGGUCUUUUCUCUCCUAUUAUUAAUUAGGCACAGCUAAAAAGCUGCAUAUUUCACAAAGACUAUAAUUUAUUUUUUUAAUACCUGUGUAUAUUAAAAAUGUGGUGUCUCAAUCAGCCAAACAAGUCUGCCCAAAACCAAAGCUUGCUGCUAAAGGUCACCUUUGAGUAAGACAGUUCCUGUCUUAGGGAUCUUAUAUUUGAAGUGAAAAAUGCCCAGCCAAAUCAGAGGAAGGAAAACUGAAGCAAAAAUAUAACAGGACCUGAAUCUUUUACCUACUUGUCCAGCCUUCUGAUGCAACAGCACAUGGACAGGAUUCUGCUAUGUAAGGGAAUUGUAUCUUCCUUUCUGCAAAUGAGGCAAUUUUCAGUCUUGAGUUCAGGACCUCCUCAUUACACAAAGGAGAACUUAAAAUCUUUAAUUUCCUGAAGCUUUUCAGUGAAUGCUGGAGGGCACUAUAAUAGUUCCAGUUUCUUGGAACUGCUUUCUCAUUGCACAGAAACCCUAGUCAAGCAUGCAUUGUCUGUACACUAUGUUAUUGAUAACAAUUGUUAACAGUAUCUAUAAGAAUAACUUCAUAAUGGAGCAAUAGCAAUACAGAGUUCAGAUGUACCUGAAAGGAAACAGGGGAGAAAUGACCAACUCCAAAGAUUGUUUGUGCACUUUGCAUCCAAGUUCAUUGUUGUGGCACCCUUAGAGCAGGGCAUGUUGACAAGGGAAAAGGUCUGUGGAGGAAAUGGAUGGUCAGAAUAUGUCAAACGCCAACAUAAAUAUAUGAAUGGAGUACAGAGGUUUAGGCUGUGGUUCUUGUAUUUUAGAAGCAGCUGGAGCCCUCUCUUUGAAAGCACUGAUGGAGACUGCUUAAUGUGACCACGAGCACUGCUACAGCAAGAGCUGUGCAGUCAUUCUCUAAUUAUAUAGUUAUUGGUGUGUUUUGGAGCAAACCAGACUGCUAUAAAUCAUGUUUUGGGGAGUGAUCCUUGUCAGGGAGAUAAACAUCUCUGUUUACAUUAAGCUGAAGAGAUGAGUGUUAGCAUAUUUUUGUGACUGCACUAAGGCUGAAAUUCAGGCUUUGCCAAACUUAAGUGCUAUAGAGAGGUGGAGCUUUAAGUGUCCACCGUGCUGCUGCCACAAAGCCUGGCACAGUGACUAGGGGAAAGGAGGGGGGUGUUGUGCCAGUAUGAUCUGGGCACUUCCUUCAGCUUGACAGAACAAGGUGCAAUUCAGCACAACUCCCAUUACCUUUGUGCAAGUGUCCUUGGACACUGUCUGUGCUGAGUAAAAGCUGCAGGGUCCCAGGCAAAUCAGCUGGUGCUGCUGGGAGGGGAAGAGGCAUUUCUCUCUAAGAAAUACCUCUGCUGUUACAAGUACUGUGAAUAUUUGGUUGUGCUGUAGCUCCACGAGGCAUCCAGAUACCCAUCACCUGGAUUAGACAGUAGGUGUAGAUCUGUUCAGGUUUCUGCAACACUAAAUACUCCUUUCUUGUAACAGUAAACCUUUUAUGUUCUGAUUAGGAGUGUUUCACUGUGCUGUGAAUCCAUAGCAUCCCAAGUAAUAUGUGUGUUAAAGAAUCCCCUCUAAAGAGCAGAUACAUAGUAGAUGUUUAAAACCUCAGCAACCCAAAGACCCAAUCUAAGGAAAACUAUCCUGAAUUAAUAAGGUCAGUGCUUAUUCUAUUUCAAGGCAAAUUGUUAAAUUUAUAUCUUGGAUCUAACAUGUGAGGGCAACAUGAAUAAGGAUACUGAUUCUUGUUUCCAAUAUGUACAAAAUACUUUCAAAGGAAUCAAAUGGGGAAGCUGGGAGCUGUCAGUUGUUAGCCCAGUGAUUCCUGCAAUUUAUAUGGAACCAAGUUUAGCACAGCUGUCUUGAACUUACCAUUUUAAAAUUUAUCUUAAAGCUUGUGCAAAUAGCACUAGGUUUGAGUUAUUUAGACACAUUUCAUUCUUGAGAAUAAACUGGUUGCCGUCUCAUCUGGAGAUAGGAAACUUGUCAAAAGUACUGUUUGUGUCAUUAUUCAGCUGGACACUGCCCAGGUUACAUUUCAGAGAAGCAGGGUGUGUUUGUGUGUGGGGACACUUCCCUUCUGCAGAAGAGGCAAAACAGAUGUUAAAAACCACAGCAUAUUAUCAGUGUGUAAUGUAAGGAGUGUGUCAUGCUCACGCCUUGGUCACCAAUUAAAAUAUAGUUUUAAUGAACUCUCAACUUCUUGAUGUAGUGCAGAUGCAAACAUAUUGCUUCACAGUCUAAAAUAAAUUCAAAGCCUUUAAUACUUGGUCUGAUGGCUGAGGAAAUCUGUGAAUGUAUGAGAUACAUACAUACAAACUUUCUGAGAACUGGACUUGGAUCAGAAAAUUUGCUCUGUCUUCUGCCUCUCCACAUUUCAGUGUCACGUAACAGUGUGUAUCCUGAAGAGGACCAAAUCCUGGGUCAGUGCUACACACUAAACCCAGUCCUUUGUGGGGGAUGCUACUGGGAGACUUAGGCACUGGUUAGGCCAGUGCUGAGAGAACUGACCUGUUUCCCCCGGGGUUGUAUGACAGAAGCUGCAUCUUGCUUGCAAGAGCAGGUUAAAAGGAUUUAGUUCCUUCAUGCCUUGAGUUACCAGCUUUGAUGGGGAAAUUCUUAUACUGGCUCAGAAAGUGCCACACUAAAGCAUGGUCUGUUAUAGUAUCAGUGGUAAAGAUGAGGGGUGUCUUGUGACUUAUGACAAAAACAAGAUCUUUUAAAAGAAAAUUUUAACAUGAACAAAUUACAGGUUUUUUACAAAUAAGAGCAUUCAGAAUUAUGCUACUCUUAUCAGUUCGAGUUUGUUCAGUAAUAACACAUUUAAGUGGAUGUCGUUGCUGGUCUGAUGUGGAGUCCUUGUACUGACCUAGGGACCAUGUGUCCUCUUGGGUUACAUGCUGCCACAAAAUAACUUAGUCAACAGGCCAUGCUUGCUGAGUUCUGAGCAAUAAAUCACUGCACUGAAUUACAGUAUGUGUAGCUUCAAGAUAAUGUUUUUGUGACCUUUUGCUUUCAAUAGUACCACUUUGAGCAUCACUGCCGCUAAAAUUCCUAUUUACUUAUUUUUUUGUUUAAGCUUUCCAAGGGUACUUAAACAAUCUCUGUGAUGCUACUGAUGGAUGAUUCAUGUUACAUUAACUUUUCAGCUCUCAUGGGUGGGAAUCUAUUGUAAGUGGAUUUAGGAAAAAAAAAAAGGAUUUUUUGGGUUUGUAAAAGAUGGCUUGUUGUUGUAUUGGUUUUGUUCUUGAUACUUAAAUGCCCCAGCAUGAUCACUCUUCAGUGUUUUGUGCUGUAAUUGUGAAAGUUUUCAAAAACAAUUCUAAGAAUUUUUUCUGGUAAAAUCAAAAGUCGAUAUGCAUCUAUUUCUAUAUUGCUUUUCUAUGCUGCAAAAGACUUAACUCUUAUUUUAAGGAAUGACUAUUCUAAUUAUAGCCAAAACAUUGCAUGUUUGUGUUGAGUUCAUAGAAAAGUCCUAGAUUCAAAUGACAGGAAAUAAAAGUGGAUGAUAGUGGAUCCAUUAAUGAGAGUGUUCCCUCGCUCUAUAGUUCUAAAUGAGAAACAUGCUUUCAUACAUAACCUUGGGAAAUAUUAAGACAAAAGUGCAUUUUGUUUCCCUGUCUGGAGCUAGAGAAAGCAAAACAAUAUCAAUAAUUAUCUGGUAACUGUGACAUGCAUGGCUUUAGUUUUCCCAGGCUGGCAUCACUAGAGUUAGUCUGGAAAAAAUCCAAAAAGGGAAGCUGAGUUUCAUUCAGUAAUCCAUUGAAAUAAUGACCAUAUUAUCUGGUUAUUACGAUGUAAUUAUUUUAAAAAUACUUUGAAGGCCUCAUUUUAGACUCUUGUCAUUAUGUAGUUCAGAUUUUUGAGCUGCAAAAGGCUCCCCUCGACUUACAAAUGCACCCAGGUCUCAUUCAACUCAGUGACGCCAGCAGCUGGGACUGAAGCAGGCCUGGCAAGCCCUGGGUGCCGAUGCUCUGGCUCCAUGCACGUCGGAAAGCCUGCGUGCAAUGUCCUCUCAGAGACAGAACCUCGCUGUGAGAUCCAACACAGUGUUAGAGAUCUUUGAUAAAGGAAAACUCCAGUCAAUUUCCACUACCAGGUGAUGAUUCCUUGAACACAGAAAUUAAAUAAAACUGAGAGAAUAAAUACAGAAAAAAAAAUUGAAAAUUAAAAACUACUCCGUUCCAUGUUCAUGACAUUUUUAAUACUCAUCUUGCUAAUAUGCAGAACAAGGACUAUUGAAUUUCCAUUCAUUAGCAGCCAACAAGAUAUGAAUGAGUAUUAACUUCAAACAGAAACUUGAUUUAUAACAACAUCAAGUUGUGCACUUAAAAAAAUAAUUACAAAUCAUUUUAAAAAGGAAGAGUAACAGUGGAAGCAGUAAUGAAUAUAAAACAUGACUGAUUAGGCUUAAAACAUAGCUUCAAGUAUUCUAUGGCAUUUCCUCAGACAUUUGUCUCAUCUGUUUGUGCAAUACCCAUCUUUGCAUAGUAAAGAAAAAUUCGUUAAACUCCAGCUUUAAGUAAUCUUUUUCUUUGAACAUGCACCUAUACAGCUGUUAAUUUGCCUAGCAGACUUCUCUUUUAGGAGCAUCAGAUCAAAUCAUAAGAUCAUGCAGCAAACUGGAAUGAGCUAUACAGUUACCACAGUUUCUUGUCCAGCUGAGUAGGUAAAUAAUGGAGGAAAUGUAGAGUGGAUGAAAUGAAGGCAGAGUCAACCCAGUCUUCUUUUGAUGACACUUUGCAAUGAACAAAGUAACACUAAAUGGAUAUGCACUUCCCAAAGCACAGCAAAGGUUGGAUGUAGAAAAUCAACACCUACCAAACCCAAUGUUUUUAUCUACUGCCAUGGGAAGCACUUCAUCCAGUACCUACUCUGAGCUGUGUUGUCACUUGUGUUGUGCACACACAGGGCAAAAAGCGAAUGUGUUCUUCCACGUACACACAAUGGCUGAUGAGUGAAGCAUAAAUUCAGUCAAGAAAUUGUAAGUCCUAUGAAAGGGCUGGUGUAAAUAAAAAAGUUACUCCAGCACUGAACAUAUGUUCAUAGUAGUUGGGGACCACUGUGGUCUGAUUUAAAACAUCACAUCACACACUAACAAUGUUGUUUGUGAAAUGCUUCUUCAAGGUUUAUUACACAGGUAGUUUAUGUAUGUCCAGUUGAUUUUACUUAUUUUUAUUCUUGGUAACCACUAGUGUUUCUGUUGUGGGUUAUGCUUGCUUUGGAAGCAGAACCCUAACAAAGUUGGAUGUUUUGAAGCAAAGCAUUUUUAGAUAACCAUAAUAUAGUUGCAAGUAUUUUUGGUUUGCCAUCAAAGGAUUGUCACUAAUGUAAUUUUGCUUGAAACCAGGCAGGAAUUUUUCAGAAUAAGAUUUAUAAUUCAUAGAAAUGUCAACUACCUGUGUGCAGCACCUUUAACUCAUAAUGUAGUUGUGUUAAUGUGAUUAUGUUAAAGCUGAUUAAAAAUAUUUAAUAAUAACUGUCAAGCAAAACAAUAUAUUGUAGCUCUUUUGUGAGACUGCUGAAUUGAACAUUAUCAUAAUAAGAAAAAUAACUGAAAUUAUGUUUUCUAAGUCACAGGAAAUCUGCAGCAUUUUCUUAAUGUUUUGGCUCUUAAAGCUAACUUGGGUAAUGGAUUUCACUGAACAAAGAUGGAGUAUGUAAUGUAACUGGGCUUCUGUUGUUACUAAUGUUCAACCUUUAAAUUAAAGCCAAAAUUACAAAAGUUUUUAAUUCUGAUUAUCAGACGCAGCAAUUAAAUUUUCAGGUCACUUCACUUACACAAACUAAAUUACCUGUUUUAAGCCAAGAUGCAAAGGAUGAGCCAGACUGGACAGCUCUAUACUUUUAGGGAGGCCUAGACAUCUGCCCAGAUCUUUCUCAAGGCAGAUGCAGCCAGGCUAGCCUGGUUCCUGGGGCACGGUACUGCUGCCCAGGACUUCUCUGCAAAAAUCUGCUCGUAUGCAAGGUGUAUCUAAAAGUAAUAACAACACACAACCCCCUGAAAUUACAUGGCAGUCUGUACACGUUGUGAUGGUAACUGGCUAUCAGUAGCCAAGGGUCAAAGUAUUAAUCUUGCAUUAAACUUUGAAAAGUGAGAUGCAUCAAAGAGAUACAGGGAGUGAGUUAGAAAUGUCAGUCACCUUUGCAAGUUGCUUUGAGUGGAUGGGCAGAAGGCAAGAGAAGAAUAACUCAUUCCAAGCUUUUAACAUUUUGUGAGUAUUUUAAGGCUUAUUUAAGUUUUUAUUUUACAGGAAAAGAACUAGCUACACUUAAAAAAAAAAAAAAAAGAGCUUGGCACUUCUGUGAUUAUCUUGAGAGGGUGUUACUUAUCCUAUAUUAUGGAAAAGUCUGCAUAAGAGCCAAAAAAAGUAAUCCAGACUUAUAGUCAAUACAUAGAUAUGCAUUUAUACAUUUUAAUUGUUUUUGGUUUCAAGCAUACAAACUUUAGAUCACAUCUGUUUGGUGUCAGAACUCCCUGCAUCUGCAUGCUAUUACUGCCUUUUUUUGAGCAAGCCCAGAACAUCCGCUGUACAACAUGCUACAGAAAAAAAGGGGAGGAAAAAAAACCCAAAACCAAACCCAACAUCAAAAAUAGAUUUACAUAAAGAAUAGAACCUUUUUAUAUGGAAAUUAUUUUCUCUUUUUUAUAUAUAUAUUUAUAUAUAAUCUGUGAAAAUGAUACAUCAAAAUCUUAUUUCCAUAUUUACACUUUUUCUUUCUUGGAAAAAUUCCAUCCAUCAUUCACUAGCUUCCAUAACUAACAGACUCCUGACCUAGGAGACCAAAACAAGGUGGACAGCAAGCUCAUGGAGCAGGGAACCCUCAAGUCCAGCAGCAGAAUGCACUGCGUGGCUGGAAAAGCUAUCGAAGCCUGGCACUGGCUUCCCAGUGAUUUAUAUUUAUUGGGCUGCAGAUUUUGCUUGGGGUCAGCUUCUAACUUGGUUGUUUGUAUGUGAGCCAUGCAGGUUACCCUUUCAAAAUUAGCUCCUCAUGCCACUGGAGUUUGAUAAGAAAAAGGAAGUCAUGCGAACUCAAGUGAAGUUAAGAGUGCCAGCAGGCUGGGAAAGAAUCUUCUGCUAUUCCAUUAUUUUGGAGCAGUUCUCUUAUUGCACUUGGUCUGUGUGUCUCCUUUGUUUGAGGAAAAAAAAACACCUGAUUUUGAAACAGUUUGCUUGUAACACUUGUCAGUUAAUGUUAACAAGAGAAAG